UGUGUGUGUGUGUGUGUGCGUGUGUGUGUGUGCGUGAUGCGGUUGCGUGUGUGUGUAUAUGUGUGUGUGUUUGCGUGUGCGUGUGUGUGUAUGUGUGUGUGAGGCUCUGCUCACCAUCGUCCCCGAUCUACAGCCGCUGGCCCUAGGACCGCACACGAAUUGGACCGCACAAGCCCUCCUUUCCAGAUCGUUUUUUCACCAACUGCAUCUCGCGACCUCCGCGCACGUCUUCGGCACGCUGCGCAGCGAUGCCUGGGCACCUGGCCGUGCACGGCGCGCGGGGAGCGACGGCGGGGGAGGCCGCGGAGGCCAGCGCGGGCCCUCGGCCCCGCGCGGCGGGCCCAGGCGAGGCGCUGCGCCUGGCCUUCACGGAGCCCCUCGUGGAGUCCCCUGGGAGGCACCAGUGAACUUGGCGCUCUCGGCGCCGAGCAGAGCCGUGCGGAUGGGCGGGGCGUUCUCGUUCAUGUGCGCCCUGAGGAUGGAUGGCAUCGGCAGCUGGAGCCGCGUGUUCGACUUCUCCCUCGUAGCCGACGAGGACAGCAUCACGGCCGGGGCCGCCGGGCUGACGCGCGACCUGCAUUUCACAGUCUUCCGGGGGAAGAAGCCGUUCAGCGUGACCGUGAGCAAUUUCUUCGAGCUCGGAGAAAAGGUUACCAUGCUGUGCACGGUCUCGCCCUCGGGGCACAUGCGGGUCUUCAAGGACGGUGCGCUCGUAGGGGAGAACGCAGAGGGCAUGGCCCCUCUGCGACAGGACAGGCCGCGCAUGAUCGUGGGCGGCCACUACAUGUACACCGACCAGGCCUUCCACGGAAGCCUUAGAAACGUGAAGAUGUGGAACCUAGAGUUGGAGUGGCCAAUGCUGGGGAAUGCCGGAUCAUCGCUCGUGCCGAAGGAGGGCGGGUGGUUUCCCGACGACGUUGAUACCGUGCUCCUCCCCACACGCAAAGGCAAGGAUGUGUCGAUCGUGGGCCUCGUCGAGUCCUUCGAUGGCGAGUCCACCGAUGCCGACUCCCUCGAUGGCGAGUCCCUCGUUCCCGACACUGGUGGAGUGUUCAGUUGUCCGAGCCCCAGCAGGGCAGGCAUGCGUUCGCGUACGUAAGCGCCUUCGCCCUGCUCCGACGCAUCUGGAAAGAGAGAGUGAGAGCCAGCAGCGGGGACAGUCGCAUUGCGCGCGUGCUUGCCGCCUGCGCCAUGUUUUGAGCCGCAUGCUAGCGUUGGGGGUGUCCCGAAGCUUCAUCUCACGCGGUUUAUUCCACUGCCUUUUCAGGGCAGUGUGAGGAGGUGUUUGACGCGCCGUCUCCACAGGCGGCCGCCUCCGUGCAUCUUCUGGAUCCUCGGGGUCGCACGUGUCCUGAAUUAUGCGUACCCGACUGGAUCAAUCGGCUCGCUUUUUUCCAUCGACCCGGAUGGGGCAGACAUUUAUUAGAGUGGCCCGUGGUCGCGAAGGCACAGCCUGGAUGCCGCCACACACGUAUUGGGCAGGCACGGUCGUGCCUUUUUUCCCCGAAAGGGCGGGGCCCCAGGGUUCUCUUUUAGCUGUUUACCCGUGGUUUCGACGGUGUCUUUGAAACGUUGCCAUGCCUUACAUUUCUACAUUCCUUUCAGGGUUCGUGGGUCGAUCAUGUUGAAUUUUUACGUCAAUCAUCUAAGGCAUUCUGGGUUUUCAGUCGGAGGGUUAUUAGGAGAAUGUGAUCAUACGGAGGCAGCGAUGCCUUCGGAGGAAUGCGUCCACCACCCUUCCCUGAUGCAGAUCUCGUCCCUGACGGGUCAGAGCGCGUCUCUCUGCCCCGCAGCGGCCGCUGCGUCCGGCGGCUCCGUCGGUUGGGUAGGCCAUCCUUGUGGGGACUGCGAGGCCAGCUGUCACACCUGACGCCUGUGCGCAGCGUUUGGCCCUUGUGGCAGGACCGCGCGGCGACGGGGGCCCAGCUGUGGCUUCAGUUGCAGUAGCAGGCCUCGCGUGAGGGCGCCUCAUCACUUCGACAGCUGCUCCGAAGCGGCCACUGCGUCCGGCGGCUCCGUCGGCUGGGUAGGCACUGCGGGGCCAGCUGUUACACAACUCCUUGAGAUGAAAAAACAAGGGGGCUGCAAGAUGCUCCCUAAGAGGGCCUGGGAAAGCCAGCUCUGCUCCAAUCUCAUAGCAAAACGUGCGGUUCCAGCACGCUCCAUGCUUAGAUCUUCGC